AUGGCUUUUAUACCAGUCUCUUCGUUAACUGUUAAUGGUCUGCCAAAAUUCUUGUCAAUGAUAUAUCAUCAAUUGAUAAAUCAAUCUAUUUACACAUUUGCUGAUCUUGGUAUAGCUGAUAGACUUAUUCACGCUCAAUCUGAUCGUGGUUUUACCGUUGAAGAAAUCAUUAGUGAUGAUCAACAACAAUGGAAUAGAGAUUUACUUUAUCGAAUAUUACGUGCAUGUAUUUAUGUCGGUAUUGUUGAAUCAAUUAAUGAUGAUAAACAUUUUAUUCUUACUGAAUCAGGUAUCAUGAUGACGUCGGAUCAUUCAUCACAUGUUCGAGAUCUUAUUCGUUUCAGUUUUGGACCAAUAUGCAGUAGCGCUAGUUUGCAAUUACCAAAUAUGGUGCGUGGUGAAGGUACAGGCAGUGGAAUAGCUCGUGUCUCAGGUGGUUUAGAUUUUUAUACGCUCAUGAGUCAACCGGAUCAAGAAGAGUUCUUGCAAAUAUUUAGUGGUGCUAUGACAGCAUUUUCAAUACAAAAUGGUUCUCAAUUAGUGACAGCUGUAGAUUUUGGUAGCUUUAAAACUAUAGUCGAUAUUGGUGGUAAUCGUGGAACAUUCUUAGCUCAACUUCUUGAAAAGUAUCCAUCAAUUCAACAUGGAACUGUAUUCGAUCUGUCACAUAUUGUUAAUAAAUUUAAAAAUGGUGAAGAAUUUGAGUUACGUAAAAUACAUAAAAACAAAUGGAGUUUUCUUUCUGGUAAUAUGUAUGAUUCAUCAACUGUUCCAUUAGCAGAUGCCUAUGUACUAAAACAUAUUUUACACGAUUUCGAUGAUAAUAAAUGUUUAGAAAUUUUAUCGUCGAUUCGAAAAGCUAAUGAAAAUGAAAAAGAUACACCAACAGUUAUAUUUAUUAUUGAACAUAUUAUUUUACCGAAUGAAGCUUUAAGUAACUGGCAAUCACAUGCAAUAGAUAUAGGAAUGGCUAUUUUAUUCGACAAUGCACGUGAACGAACACAAGAUGAAUAUGAAGAAUUACUGAAAAAAACAGGAUUUCAAUUGAAAAAAAUGUAUCCAAUUCAGGCACCAAAUUCUAUCAUUGAAGCUGUACUUGUUCGUUAA